UUCGCACCAUUGACAACUCCGCUAAGAGGCAAGAAUUUCCGACGCUGCAAAUUCGACUAAGGCGGCCGGAGGACGGCCGAUUGCCACACUGCACAUGGUGGCGGCGUUCAUCCCUUGUUGCUUGCACUUUACCCCAAAACUUGGCCAUUUCAAUCGUCCUUUGAUCCACGCAGCGGUAUGUAAAAAUCACAGAGGCGCGAGGUUGAAAAGUUUUGGCGUUGCAAGGCCUCAGAUACUGUCGCCUGCAUUCGGAGAAGAGGAUGGCCUGCGAGUCUUUGUGCUGUCCGAUCUGCACACGGAUUACGAGGAAAAUAUGAAUUGGAUUAACUGCUUGUCUUCGGUCAAAUAUAGAGACGAUGUUCUUCUUGUUGCCGGAGAUGUGGCGGAGACCUACAGUAAUUUUGUUUCAACAAUGGCUCUGUUGAAGGAUAAAUUUGAGCGCGUCUUCUUUGUGCCUGGGAAUCACGAUUUGUGGUGCCGUCGAGAGGGAGACAAUUAUCUUGAUUCUCUUGAGAAGAUGAGCAAUCUUUAUGACGCGUGUAGUAGUCUUGGAGUUGAUACCAAUCCGGCGAUCUUGAAUGGAUUAGGAAUUGUUCCAUUGUUCUCUUGGUAUCACGAGAGCUUUGACACAGAAAUGGACAUAGAAGGAAUCCGCGUUCCAUCCCUGGAGAUGGUAUGUAAAGACUUCCAUGCAUGCAAAUGGCCAGCAGAUCUUUCAAAUGAAGGUACUUCACUAGCAUUGUUCUUUGAUGCAAUGAAUGAAAGGAAUCAUUUAAUGAUCGAGGAGAUCCAAAGGACCUGCGGUCAAAUAAUUACAUUUUCUCACUUUGUUCCAAGGUUAGAGCUAUGUCCAGAAAAGAGGAUGCUAUUCUAUCCUAAGCUCCCUAAAAUCAUUGGCUCGGAUUAUCUCGAGCAUCGUAUAAGAUCUAUACACGGGAGGAGUAAAGAAGCAAUUUCAGCAUGUCAUGUGUUUGGCCAUACCCAUUUUUGCUGGGAUCAUACGCUUGAUGGCAUCAGAUACGUCCAGGCACCAUUGGCUUAUCCCAGAGAACGCAAGAGGAGGAUGAAUGGUGGUGAAGAUUGGCUUCCUUUUUGCAUUUAUUGCAACGGCAGGUUCGCUCAUAAACUCACCCCUUGUUACUGGUCCGAUUAUUAUGCUGCUAAUGCAAGAUCACCCAAUAACACUCAACUUGCUCCUUGGGUUUCCAAAUUCUAUAGAAGAAAAUGAAACAACAGAAGAAAAUGAAACAACAGUGUAUUAUUAAUUUAUCACUUUGAUGAUUGAUGGGUGGGUGGAAAGCAAUAAUACACUUUGAUGAUUGAUGGGUGGGUGGAAAGCUUAUGAUGUAGGGGAUCGUAUGAUCAUAAGUUUAUAGUUUAUAGGUAAGAGAUUGAUCAUAAGUUUAUAAAUAAGGGAUUGAUCCUCUCGAGCUUAUGCUCAAAAUAGACAAUAUUAUAAACAAUAUUAUGACAAUAUUAUACUUUGUGGAGAUCCGUAGUUCCUAACAUAGUAUUAAAACCAUACCCUUAAUUUAGCCAUGUAGAUAGAAUCCUUAACCAUGUCGAUAGAAUCUUAAGUGUUGAACAAAGACUGUGAGCCCAUCUCGAACUUAUGCUCAAAAUAGACAAUAUUAUACCUUGUAGAGAUCCUAAAACCAUACCCUUAAUUUAGUCAUGUCGAUAGAAUUCUUAACCACGUCGAUAGAAUCCUCAAGGGUUGAACAACCAGUGUAGUCAAAAGUGUCUAAUACCUUUAGUGUAGUCAAAAGUGUCUAAUACCUUUAAUUUAGCCAAUACUGUGAGCCUCGAAAGUGUAGUCAAAAGUGUCUAAUACUCUUAAUUUAGCCAUGUCGAUAGAAUCCUCGAGCCUCGAAAAUGUAGUCAAAAGUGUAAUACCCUUAAUUUAGUCAUGUCGAUAGAAUUCUCAAGUGUUGAACAAAGACGGUGAGCCUCAAAAGGGUAGUCAAAAGUGUCGAACAAAGGAUGUACUUUGUUCGAAGACUCCAGAGAAAGAGUCAAACUUAGAGAAAGAGUCAAGCUUAAGGAAAAGCGUUCAAGGCUCGUUCGAGGGCUCCAUAGGCCUCGAGGGAGGAUUGUUGCGAGGGAGUCUAAACUCAAGUUUAUAAGUGAGGAAUUUAUCUCUAUGGAACCAGAAGCCAUUAGAGCUUAACAAAUUCCUAACUACCUUAAGAGCUUAACAAAUUCCUAACAUUUAAAAUGAAAAAGAUGUAAGCUGGAGUACUUUUAUUACAUUCCUGAACAUAAAAAGACCAAACAGCCCUCAGCCAACAAAGGCUUC